AUGGUGAGUGAUGAAAAAACAGCUCGACUAACCCGUGUAAUAAACAAGUUACAGAGUGUGCCAUAUCAAAUAAAUACAAAAUUAUUAUGUCAUUUGGUAAAAUGUAAGGAUAUAUACCAUGCAUCAGGGCUUCUCAUGCCUAGCAUUCUUGCUUCUAUUGAUAGAACGGAGGGGACUGUAAGACUAAAACAUCAUUACUUGAAUGACAAAGAAAUGAAAAAAUAUUUUUCUUUAAAAGACUUGAUCAACAUUUGGAUAAAAAACAUUCAGUCUGCCUGCUACGAGCAAUACAUUUUAAAACUAGCUGAUGCUUUACAAAAUUACAAUUUGUAUUUCCCAACGUUUUUGGACUUUAGGGGACGAAAUUACCGAUAUGGUCCUUUUCAUUACCACGAACGAGAUCUUGUUAGAUCUCUCAUACUCUUUGCGCAAAGUGGGGUGACAGAUACACCCCCAGAUAAAGGUAGUCAGGGCAUACGAACCUUUAUGGCUUCAACAGCUUUCCAUUAUUCCAAAUAUUGGAAGAAUUAUAAUGAAGGUAUAAUAUGGUUUAUUAAAAAUAUACAUGAGUGUCCUGACUUAAAUAGUAAUAAGGCUGAUAUCGUGCUAGACAGAUUGGCUAAUCUAGCACGUAAGGCUAGACACCCAUUUCAGUUUCUCUCGAGUGUUAUUACACUAAAAAACCGUGACUCUGAUAAGAUUGCUAGAACACCAAUUCACCUGGACGCAUCAGCAAGUGCAUAUCAAAUGUUGAGUUAUUUACUGGGUAAUAUUACCAUGGCUAGAAAUACUAAUCUUAUAAGUGAGAAUAAUAAAAUAAAUAAUAUUUAUGAAAUUAUUGACUCUGAUUUUAAGAAAUAUAUUGAACGGAAAUACGGUGAACAUAUUAUCACCAGAUAUGUGUGUAGCUUAUUUGAUCGUGAUAUCAUCAAAAAUAUCUUUAUGCCUAUUGUGUAUGGGAAAUCCAAAUUUAGCACAGCUAUUGAUCUGCUGGGAAAGAUUGGUAGUUAUAUGGUAGUAGAAGAUUUAAAAACUAUUAUUAAAGAAUGUUACAAUUUCUGGGAAUCUGAAUAUAAAGAUAUGAGGAACCUCAUGCAUUUGGUUGCAAGUAUUAGCUGGGUUAGUGGUUUUAUCAAUAAACCAGUUAUAUAUUCCACAGAAUACUGGAUUACAGUCCAAGAUUAUAUAAUCAUGGAACCUGUCAAAAUAACUGUUAAAUACCAAACCCAUGGCAUGGUUCUAAUCCUAAAAUGA